AUGGCUACUACCUCACGAGAAGGCCCCAAAGCUGCCCCCAUCAAUCGCCAAACCACCACACCCUUCCACCUGAAGCUCUUCUACCGAGCCAACAAUUUCCACCCUCUAUCCGAUUAUCACAUUACCCCUCCCCCACGCAAUCGCGGCGGUGGACCAGCCAGCGGGCCAAAUGCCGUUCGCGCAACCUCUCCUCCAGCGACAGCAACAGCUCUCCCACCGCAUCUAGAAAUAUACACCUGGCAAUCAUGCACACUUCGAGAGCUCUCACAGCUUCUAACAUCCGCACUGCCGUCAUUACUACCCGAUCCGCCCGUCGGAACUCGGCUUUGUUUCCGGCUAGUCUACGGCGAUGCGCGCGGCGUAGUGAUGGGGGGACCCGAUGCGCGUGGCCGCUACUUGAGCAGAGAUUUAGGAAGCGUCAUUGUGGGACCGAGAGAUAGUCCAUACAGGACGGAUAAAGAUGCAGACAACCUGAGCGAAGAACGACCACGUGCUGGCCCACUUCGGUUCCAAGGCUCGGAUGCAGACAAAGCCUUACAAGAUGAGCGGUUUAUCAUUGGAGACUACGUUGAGUGUGCAAUUCUAGCGCCGUUGGAGGAUGGUUCAGUUGCACCGCCGCCGGCUCGUUCUGGUUCUGGCUCAGGGCCACCUCCAGCAAUGGGUGGUGGUAUGCGCGCAUUCCGAGAUAGUGGGUUCUCGCGGCCAGGUCGUGGUGGUAAUCGUGGUGGAGAUCGCGGAGAGCCUCCUCACGUUCCCAUGGGAGAAUGGAAAAGAGGCGAGAGGCUUCCUGAAGGGGGAGGGAGAGGGGGCCGCCGUCGAGGAUGGGCUCCGUAUUAG